AUGAGCCGACGCAGCAUGGCUUCACAAAUGGAAGAGGCCAAGAAACACGGCACGCUUCACCUCAUUCAAUUUCAACUCACACGAGUACCGUCUGAGCUCUUCUCAAAAACUCGGUCUGGGCCAUCCUCAUCCACUUCAUUCAGAGAACUUACCACAACAUUAGUACGACUCGAUCUCAGCUUCAAUCAACUGGAGGGGUCACACGCCAUUCCUGACACGAUUGGAUCGCUAGUUGCUCUGCGCGAGCUGUACGUGAACAACAACCCACGUCUGAAGCGGCUACCUAGCUCAGUCGUCCAUUGCACUAAACUGCAAGUGGUCGAUACAAGUUCGUCAGCACUCGAUUCACUGCCGCAACAACUUGGUCGUCUGCAAAAUCUUCGCGUCAUCAAUAUCGAUGACACCCCUUUGCAGUGUCGCUGGGAGAUUAAGGGCCAUCUCCUGAAGAAAAACGAGAACGACGGACCUCUGAUCUUCUCUUUCUCUUGCUACACCAUCCCCUUCCAACCAGCUACCACCACAUCAACCGGUAGUCCCGCCAAAACACCCCCAUCAUCAUGCCAGCAAAUAUUGCGGAAGCUGCGCCGUAAGGACGAGCGCGAGCAACUAAAACGCGAGUUGUUCGAUCUCCUUCACGACAAAAUAUAUCGCCUCAUGCGUCACAAUGACAGUGCAGCGGCAAGCAUGAUACUCCACAUCGCGUUACGCCGAGUACUCAAGUUGUUCCCACAGGCCGCCGAUGUCCGCUCCUUGGUUCGCAACGCCGAGCGUCUAUUUCCGCAGGUCUUCUCCAUGGAAAGUUUCGAGAAACUGGAUGCCACACGCCUACGUCGCGAGUUUGAUGUAUUGCGAACUGCCACCGAACGCAAGAAGCGUGCUGCUGACCUCGAACUCAAGAUCCGCAACUUGUAUUUUGACCGGAUCGACCCAACGACGGUGGAAAGAAUGGUGCACCAGAUCUACGAUCACUUGCCACAGCUGUCCGACAUUAAGUUUCUCAUCAAGCACGCGCCAAGACUGUUCCCGAAAGAGGCACGCAGCGUGAACGGUGAGCAGAUUAAACGGGAUCUUGUAUCCUUGCAGCAACAGUUUGCGCACGAGCGUGCUGCCGCAGUCGACAAACUCCUGGCCGCCGUGAAAACUCUGUACAGUGAUACCGAGCCAGAUCAUGUACGGACUCUCGUGGAUAGCGUCGCCGCACUCUUCAAGAACACUACAGAGCUGCUGAAUCUCGCCGCCGAUGCGUCAUUCGCUCCAGUUUCUUGCGUAUGA